ACACGACGGCGGCUUCGACCGCUUUAUACGGUGGCUGUGUUUCUGGUAAUCGCAACAGGACCAUUUUCUCCCUGGUGAGCUGUUUGCUGGCCAGAUGCAGAUACGCUCAGUCGUUCGACGAGUCCGGUAGCGCACGAACGUGGUUUCGGCCUGCAUACAGAGCGCGUCUUCAGAACGGACCGACACACCAGGUUUCCUUCCCUUUCCCUGAGGUCCUUUUAGUGUUUCUGUAUAUGUGUGCGUGUGUGUGUGUGUGUUUGGGUGGCUAAUACAGUGGUCUGAAGCUCCAGUGAUCCAGUAAUGUGACUAUCCUGGUACAUGAGUGCGUUCCCUGUCAGCAGAUGUCCUAGAUAUUGAGAAAACCCUGUGCCUACUCCAAACCCGAAAGACCUGUUCGUAUAUUUUCCUUCCAUUUUCCAGUGCGUGCGUGCGUGUGUGUGGGUGUGUUUGUUGGGUGAAGUGUUGUGACACAAUUUCCCUACCUACCUUCCCACAAGAGCGUGUUGGUUUGUUGUGGUCAGUGUUUGUUACAAGCAAGUGCUCAUAUACAGCGGUGACCCGUGCCAAUGGAGACGACGGCACGCGUUCAUCAGACCAAGGCGAGCUCGAGGCAUCGUAGCUCUCGAGCACGCCGUAGCGCAACACCUCAACGGCACGAACAGACGGAAGUGCGCGGGAUCGAUGAUGUGCCCACGCAAUCCGCUGCAGAUCAGGAGCUGGCGGAAGCGAGUGGUUCUAAAAAUAGAUCCUCCACCGCUGUUCGCACUGCGCGCCGUCCGGACACACCGGAGCACAGUGGUGGCAGCACCACGACAAAUGCAAGCAGUAGCGCCACGGGCACAUCGGUACCAACGCAGCACUACCACUACAGUGCCAGCGGUGAUAGUGGUCCGGCCCGGAUCUCCCAAACGCCACGCAGCAACUCACCGACGAUGGUGACUACUGAGCUGGACGCACCCAUCAGCACGGAAGGUGACGUGGAGGUGGUCGCCGUAGAUUUGGCCAGCGGGUUGGCCACCCUCGGUACGGUACCGGGACCAACGGACGAUAAGCUGCAGAAGGGCAUCCUCGGCUAUAUGGACCGCCAGCUGAAGGUGCAAUCGUUGUCCGAUCCGCAAAAGAGUCCCGCCCAGCGCAGUACCCGUAGCCGGAGCAGUCUGGAGAAAAGCCCACGGCGAAAGCGCAGCAAAUCGGAGUCACGGAGGCGUCGGGAGCGGAAGAUUCUUGCCGCUGGUGAGAUGGAGGUGCGUCAGGCGAAUGAAACCUUGAUGCGAUACCUGAAGCAAUGUUCGGACUUUAACGAUGCGUCCUUGUCCGGCGAUUUGGAGAUACCGGAACACCUGGAGGAUCGGCGGGUACACCGGAAAACCAAAUCCCAGCGGGAGCGCAAACUUCACCAGCUACAGCCGGAUCGGUCGGGUGGCAGGACCAACGCUGACGAUCUUAUGAGCUACCAUGGUGAGAUCUACAAUCCCUUCACACCGGUCGUUUCGCCGACGACCGAAGCGGCGGCUACGCGUAUCGAUAAGAUGUACAUACAGACUGCUAGCGGUUAUCGACCUGUUGACAAUACCUACUCGUAUCAUAAGUCUAGGGCACUAAUCGGUGGAGAUCCAGAAAGCAAUAGCCAUACAAUAAACACCUCGGUACAUCUGUCCUGUGCGGUGCAGCGACUCUGGCAUCUGCUAUCGACCGUCUGCCAUGGUUUGCUAGGAGGCCUGGCCUUCGCCCAUCUGCUGUUGAUCUGUACGACCAAACCGUACGAUUGGGUCGACGCCUCGAUUCGCCAUUACUCAGCCUUUGCCGAGGUAUACGCCAAUACGUUCUACUGCUUGGCCAUCGUUUGUAUGGUUUCAAUAUUCGAUCGGAUGGAUAUUGCGUAUGGAGGUGAUGCGAAUAUUUCCUUCCGCUCUAUCUUCAUCAUCAUGAUCUACGUGAUGACGAUCAUACUGAGUCUAUCGGCUGGUACGAUGGACGAACGGCUGUAUGUUACUUCCACGUUAAACGUCACCGUCUGGGAAGAGGAGUUGGAAACGAACAAGGUGCUGAGCAUCUGGAAUGCGCUUUCAAUCGCACGUAGUGUUGGUGCCAUCUUUGGUUGGUUAAUCGUUGGCUUCCUACCGAACCAGGAUAAUCUGUACGAUCAGCUGCUCGAGAUGGAAAAGUAUCAACUACAGUAGGCAGCUUUUUAAACACCGGGAACGACAACGUCGUUCGCAAGCACCAACACCUAUCGUAAUCCAUUUUGUACAUAAAACCGCACCUGUAUUGCGCUAUAACGGCUAUAGAGGACACACAAAGUAUUAACUAGUGCUCCAGAACAAUAAUCACGCUUAUGUCACUGUCGUGUAGAGGCCGACUCGUCGUUUGUUCGUGGCGUGGGCGAGACACUGACUAUCAGGCAAUUAACCGUGUAGUGCGUUUGACCGGUAGGAACGGUUAGCAUCAGCACGAGGGUAUUACAAAUCAGUAUCAGGAAGUAAUGAAGCGGUUGUGGUAGCAUUACGGGCAUACACACGAAUAUUUGUGUGUGUUUGUACAUGAUGUAGGGACAGGGACAGGUGCGAAUGCAUUUCAAAUCCAAUAGUGAGCACUGGGAAGGACUGAUAAUCAUUGUGUUGCAAUGUAAACGAUAUAGCAAUCGCAAGAGACACACAUGUACAUUUGCAUACCACUAGAUGGUAUGGUAAUGGUUUUGGGUGAAGUAGCGGAACUAGCAGCUGACAUUAGGAACGGAAUGAUCUUAGGAUAAUGAGACAAUUAAUUAAUCUGUAAGCGUAUUGUUAUCAUAAAACCAUGCAUCACGCUAAGGCGAAUGUUCUGAUUUCCAUACACCAUAAAACAGAAUCAUAAAACCAAGCAUAAAAUAAAGUUUUACUGUAGUUGAUUUGCCUGAUAUCACACAUUGACAAUCGAAGUGUCUCUUCUUGGAGAAAUGAAUUCUAAUAUCGAUUAGAAGGUACUGGUAUUCCCCGAUAUACGCCAUACUCGAUAUAUGCGAUUUCGCUAUACGCGAUUUUUUCGAAAUUGACAUUUAACUUCGUUAACAAAGAAGCAAAUUAAAAAAAAAAAAUCUUCAAAGCCUGUCGUAACGAGUUUCUAUCUAGCAGUAACAAAAACUUAACAGUUAUAUGGAUAAAACAUUAUCAGAAAUAUAACCAAUGGACGAAGAUGAAGAAAUGUUCAGUAAUGUAAGUUGGAAAAUCCGCAAAAAGAUGGUGAUAUACAAAGAAAUCUAUCAUCAAACCAAGAAUUCGAUAUACGCUAAUAUUCGAGAUACGCCAUUGCCUCCGGUCCGCAUUGAUAGCGUAUAUCGGGGAAUACCUGUACAUAAAAA